AUGCCCCAGUACAGCUACCGAGCAAUCGUGGUUCGCGAAGCACAGCUUUGGAUUGGGACGGGCAGCGCGAGAAGUAAAUGUUACGUUUUCGUUUUCACGGCAAGCCUCGUCUUGUGUUUCAGCGAUUGCAGUGCCAUGCAGAUCGGUGUCAACUUGUUGGUUGCAUCGUGAAAACACGUGACUCACGUGGCCGUGCUACGGCAAUGUUUUCGGUGAAGGAACGCCAAAGACUAGCGUGGACGACUGCAGAGGAUGGCAAGCGUUGGCGAGAAACUGAUUACAAUGGGUCGACGUUCUUCCGGCAACGUACUCAACAAAGAUUGGCCCAAGAGAAAGCUGGCAAGUGGUCGGAAACGGCAACGG